AGUAUGUUUUUAAAAGUUUGCACUAUUAGAGGAUUAAACGAUUUAAAAGAAUGAUCAAAGAAAAAAGGAGAUAGAAAGAGAUAAAAAUAAAUGAAAAUUGAAUUAAGGGGAAAAGAUUGGACACUAAUCGAUUGAAGAGAGAACCAGGUCGAUUAACAAAUCGAUAUUAAACUUGUCGAACCGACGACGAACUACCAACUACGUGUGGAGAUUGAAGACUGUUAAUAUCUCUCUGUGACUUUGGCCGGGAAUAAAGCUUUGUCUAUUUUAGCGGGUCAACUAACAAGAAAGAGUGAGUGAGAGAGAAAGAGAGAGAAAGAAAGAGAGAGUGUGUGUGUAUGUGUGAUAAAGUGGGGGUGUUGCGAGGGGCAGAAGCAACAGCGGCAGCAGCAACAGAGUAAGCUCAAGGAGGGCUGGGGAAAGAGAUGGGCAAUAUUGGAUUGCAACAACAUUACGAGACCGCCAAGAAGACGGGAGCACUGAGAUUGUCUCAAAAGAAACUGGACGAAUUUCCAUCGAAUCUACGUACAUUGGCCAAUUUUCUACGUAACUUGGAUAUCUCCGAAAAUAAAUUUACUAGAUUACCCGACGAAAUAGGCGAGUUUACCUUAUUGAAACAGAUCAAUUUGAGUCGUAACAGAUUAACAAGUUUACCAGAAAUCAUCGGUGUUUUGUCCAAAUUAGAAUGUUUCAAUGCAAGCUCGAAUUACAUCGAAAGGGUCCCGCGUUCCUUUUCGAAAUUGUCCCAUUUAAAACAAGUUAAUCUUUCCGAUAAUCGAAUCACCGAAUUUCCAUUAAUGUUUUGCGAUUUAAAACAUCUCGACGUGUUGGAUUUAUCGAAAAACAAAUUAACGAUUAUACCGGAUGGUGCUUCCUUACUUUCUGUAACCGAGUUAAAUCUCAAUCAAAAUCAAAUUUCGAUUAUAUCAGACAGAAUAGCUGAAUGUUCACGUCUGAAGACGCUACGAUUGGAAGAAAAUUGUUUACAAUUGAACGCCAUACCUACGAGAAUAUUAAAAGAGUCUAAUAUAUCGAUGCUAGCGUUAACGGGAAAUCUUUUCGAAAUGAAACAAUUCGCUGAUGUUGAAGGGUACGACGAUUAUAUGGAGAGAUAUACAGCUGUGAAAAAAAAAAUGUUUUAAACAAAUCAAGAUUGAAUACACAUCUCGUUAUCGCAUUAGAAUUAAUGCCAACGCACAUACUAUAUAAUUUCUCACGUACUUUUGUUGAUUCUGGUUUCCCCCCAUCAAAUUCUUCGAUGUAUUUAUAUAUCGUCUACAUUCUUUAACAAUCUUUGUAUAUACGUAUAUAAUAUAAAUAUUCACGUAUUUGUAUCUAUUUAAUGCAAAUUUUAUGAAAAAUAAAUUAUAUCUUCUAUUUA